AUGGAAUCUAAACCAGUAAACAUUAAGCUCCUCUGUAGCUAUGGUGGCAAGAUCCUCCCUCGAUCAACCGAUGGUGAACUCCGUUACAUCGGCGGUCACACUAGAGUCCUUUCCGUCAAUCGUUCAAUUUCGUUUUCAGAUUUGAUGGAGAAGCUUCGAGAAUUCUGUGGUUCAUCUGUGAAAUUAAGGUGUCAAUUACCCAAAGGAGACUUGGAAACGUUGAUCUCCAUCACCAACGACGAAGAUUUGGCUCAAAUAAUCGACGAAUACGAUCGUGCCUCGUUGAAAUUAACUCACCCGUUGAAGAUCAAAGCCGUUCUUUCUCCGCCAAAAUCGCUCUUGAAAGUUUCUCCCGAUCCGUCUUCGUCGUCGUCAAGUGCUAGUCGUUCUCCGUACAGAUCACCUUACACUUCAUCUGAAUCUCCACCGUACGCGGCGGCGUAUCGAAUCGGGCGUUCGCCACGGGCGCCGGUAGGGUAUUUGUUCGGCGCCAGGAAUGGAUCGGCGAAAGCUUAUUGCUACACGGGCCAGCUCGAGAGAGGCCCAAGGCCCUUGUAUUAUGGGCCUCGUUUCAAUAAUUACUGCCAUUAA